UUAGGGUUUGGUUUUUUCUAAGGGUUGGGUUUUUCCUAUGGGUUGGGUUUUUCCAGCAACAAUUGAUAAAUCACCCGUUAGGAAAGUGAAAGUUAUCCCAACCGACGGAUGUCCAAGUUUGCAACCAUACGACGAAAAAAGUCAAUAUUACUUUUGCAUCUCAAAAUUAUAUUCCUCGCAUAUUGCACGUUUUUUUAAUUAAAAAAUUUUAUUUUUGUUUAUCAAAUUAUUAAAUAACACUUAGAUAUAAUUACUAAUGAUUAAUCUAAACUCUAAAAGUAUAGAUCGAUGUGAUUUUCUCGUAUUAAUUUUUACAGUUGGCAACAAUGAUUCGGCAUGAAGUUGCUUAUCGCGAUAUCUCGAAGUGAGCAGUGCGUUGGUAGACACCACGCAUUAAAGAGCGUCUUAUACUUGCGACGCGUUGCAAGUAAUCUCAAGUAAAAAGUGUACUGCGAAAUGUAUAUUAUUUGGUUUUCAUUAAUGUUGUUAUAACGGAAUGAAACAAAGAAUUAUUAGUAUUAAUAAAAGUGUGAAUAAUUAGUAUUAAUAAAAAUAUGGAUAAAAUAAAUAAUUUUAACAGCGAUCUUUUUCUGUCAGAGAAUGAAUAUGACAGAAAUGAUGGCGAUUAUAAUGAUAAUGAAGUUACAAGAUAUCAUGAUGCAAAGAGUAAUUUCAAAUCGAAAACGAAAAAGAAAUAUCGUACUUCAGCUUCCGAAAGUACAGUUAAGAAAAAGAAACGAAGCAAAAAAGGUACUGAUGUAGUUUCGAAUAGAGAAAAAGAAGCUUCCAUAUCGAAUAUUAACGAUUAUGAAGGCGAUUAUUCGAAAAACUUUAAUGAAACUAACAACGAUCCUGAAUUUGAGAUAAAACAUAUAUCUCAUGGUCCAUUUUAUGAAGACUUUAACAAAGAUACACAGGUUGAUAGAAUACAAGACAUGACCUCUCCUUUCAAUACUGAAGCUUCUGUUUCUAAUGUAUCAAAGGGCAUUAAAAGACGUCAUAUAUCGACUGACGACGAUACAGAUGAUGACGAUCAGAAUACAUGUAAAAAGUAUGGUGAAGAUAGACAUAAAGGAUUUAUAAAAGAUAAUAUAGAGUACAAUAUUGAUAAAAGCCUUGAGAAAAAUAGACAAAGUCACUUAGAACCGUUCUACGAAGAUUUCAAUAAAGAUCAAUUUGAAAGUUCGUAUGAGAUGACCGCAAAUUUUAGCGAAGAUACACCAACAUUCAAUAUAUCCAAAAGUGGCAAAAUAAAGUACAAUAAAUCGUUUGAUGAUAAUAAGUCAUUAAAAAUAAAUGAAAGUAGUGACCAAAAAAAUUCUUCCAAGAAAAUUUGUUUGGAAAAAAUAGGAAAUGUAACAUCAAACACAACUGGUAAUGCUACUAAUGGAAAGGGAAAAGCAGAACUUAUGAUGGAAAAAAUGGGAUAUCAAGCUGGUAAAGGUCUUGGAAAAAAUAAUCAAGGUCGAUUAGAGCCAGUACAAACUUCGAUGCAACGUGGACGCAGAGGAAUUGGUCAUUCUUAUCCUGAACUUGAAGCUGCGAGCCUUAAAUGGGACCCUAAAGAAGAGAUAAUACAAAUUAAAGAAGAUAUGGAAUGGUUGCGAAAUAUACACCAUCAUACACUAACUACAAAAGAAAUGCACGAUUGGAUGGUACUGGGUCCAAAAAAAGAAACAAUACAUAAUGAAACAAAAUUCUGUGAAUCAAAAAUAGUUAAAGAUAUCAUAAAUUCAAAAACAAUAUUUGAUAGGAUAGAUAAAGUAGAAAUGCGUAGAGCAAGAACACGUUCCAAUCCAUAUGAAACAAUUCGAGGUGCUUUCUUUUUAAAUCGUGCUGCUGUCAAAAUGGCGAACAUGGACAAAGCUUGUGAUUUUCUAUUUACAAAACCGACUAAUUUAAAAAACAAUGAGCUACUGUAUUUUGCAGACGUAUGCGCUGGUCCAGGUGGUUUCAGUGAAUACGUUUUAUGGAGGAAAAAGUGGCAUGCUAAAGGAUUUGGUUUUACUCUAAAAAAUGAGAAUGAUUUUAAACUAGGUGAUUUCUAUGCUGGAUCACCAGAAACUUUUCAUACCUUUUAUGGUCCGAAAGGUGAUGGUGAUGUAUUUGAUACGAGUAACCAGGAAGCUUUCAGAGAUUUAAUAAUGAAACAUACUCAUGGCAAAGGUGUACAUUUUAUGAUGUCAGAUGGUGGAUUUUCAGUUGAAGGACAAGAAAAUAUUCAAGAAAUUUUAUCGAAGCAAUUAUAUUUGUGUCAAUGUUUAGUUGCCCUGAUGAUAGUAAGAGAUGGUGGUAGUUUUGUAACUAAACUAUUUGAUCUCUUUACGCCUUUUAGUGCAGGGCUAGUAUAUUUGAUGUAUCGUUGUUUCGACGAGAUAUGUAUUUGUAAGCCAAAUACUUCAAGACCUGCAAAUUCUGAAAGAUAUCUAAUUUGUAAAGGAAAGCGACAUGAUACAUAUGAUGUUAUGAAAUAUCUAUUUCAUGUAAAUAAAUUACUAUUAAAGCGAGACGAAGAUAAGGAUGUUAUGGAAUUAGUUCCAUUAGAAGAAUUAGAGAUGGAAAAGGAAUUUUUGCAAUAUUUGAGAAGAUCUAACAAUAAUCUUGGAAAAAAACAAAUUAUAGGUCUUCUCAAAAUAGCUGCUUUUUGUGAAGAUAAUACACUUUUUGAACCAAGACAAGCAGAUAUGCGACGACAGUGCUUGGAAUAUUGGGAACUACCAGAUGAAAGUCGUACAGUACCGGCUUUUUGUAAACCGCAAGAUAAAAUCAAACAUCUCAUUAAAGAACGUGAUACCUUACUUUCAUAUCAGCCACAAAAAUUAACAGUUGACAAUAUCAAGCAGACUAUAUUAUCUUCACCAUAUGAUUGGCUAUGUACACCUUGUGGUACUGGACAAUUUACAGAACCUGAUAAAAUGGCUACAUUUUAUAUGAGUAUGGGAAGAAGAAAAGUAUAUCGUUAUAUAAAGAAUAGUUGGGAUCAAAUUAAUGACCUUAAAAUAGAAUUACCUCCUGACACCCUUGUAUAUGCUGAAGUAAUAAGUGAAACCACUAAAGAAAGAAAAAGUCAACACAAAAUAUUUGCACUACAUAUUUUAGAUGCUUGGAUACUUGGUGGAGAAGAUAUCAGUCAAAAAUAUUUGCCAGACAGGCAUGAACUUAUAAAAAAAUUUUGUGAAGCUUUAUGGAAACCAUCUCCUAAUGAUUUCGCAAGAGUACGUGCGAAAGAAUUAUAUCCCUUUGAUCCUGAUAUCGAUAAAAAGAUACAAAUUUUUCGACGUCUUAUGAAAAAUAAUCGUCCAGAGUUAACUUGUGAUAUACCAAGAACAUCUCUAGACGAUGAGGAUACACCAUACUUCGUACCAAAAAGUGUCAUCUUUUUAAGAAGUACUAGUCGACCUUGGUUUCGAUAUAAGAGUAGAAGUCAAAAUGAAACAUAUGUUCAUAAUAGUAAAACUAAUGAAUCACAUUACGAUAUACGAAGGCCACCAGCAGCAGAAGCUAAAUUUGAAGAAACAUUUUCUAAUAGUAUUAUAUGGUUUUGGCCUCAUGAUGAAACACUUUCUAUGGAAGCUGUAGUACAAUUUGUUAGAGCAAAAUGUUUAGGAACAAAUAGAUAAUAAAUAAUUAUGAUACAAACAGCAAGAGUUAGACAUAUGAUAUAUAUACCAACCUACAUAUGGUUAAAUAUAUAUAAUAUAAAAAAGAAUCUUUCAUUAUUUAUAAUAAUGAUACUCAUCAUUUCUGCUUAUAUUUUAUUUAAGCAGAAAUUUUUAAUUAAUUUUGUUUUGUUAGAUUAUCAGAUUUAAGUUAUUAUUCGAAUAAAAUCUAUGACGAAGCGUGAUUACAUAUGUUAAGUUGUAUUGACUUGUACGUUUUCGAUACAAGAGAUAAAACUUUUAUAUGAAAUAAUCAAUUUUUGUUUAUAAAGCUAAAUAAAACACCUUGUUACAAUA